AUGUCCACGACUGACUUUCUCCCGAUCUUUCUGGCCGGCGCGCUGGCCUUCGGUCUCGUCGGCAUCGUGUCGUACUUCCGAGCACCUGUGUAUCCUCCGGGACCCAAGGGACUGCCGAUACUUGGUGCAGCCUUAAUACACCCCAAGACAGAGUAUUGGAAGACCUACGCAGAAUGGGGCAGGACCUUCGGGAUGAAAGGCAUAAUCUCCUUCCAUGUAGUGGGUCGUAGGAUGAUUGUCAUAAACUCCGCAAGCGUUGCGGACGAACUGCUGAACAAACGCUCCGUGAUAUACUCCGACAGGCCCUUCCCAGCCAUGGCCGGGACUCUCAUGAAGCGGGAGAAGAGCAUCUUCUACAUUUCACAUAACCCGCGCUUCAAGAUGUACCGCAAACUCAUGCAUCACUCCUUCAAUGGCAAGGCGUCCGAGAGCUACUGGCCCGUUUUAGAGCGAGAGGCUCGUGUAAUGGUGGAUAACAUGCUCCGAAGUCCUGCAGAUUUCACUCAGCAUAUACGUCGAAACCAAUGGGCGUGCGCCUCACUUCCAAGUAAUUCAUCUGCAGUGAUUAUGAAGAUAGCCUACGGCUACUCGAUUGAAAAGGAUAACGAUCACUUCGUCGCUAUCGCCGAGGAAGCAUUGCGAGUCGGUUCUUUAGCGGGUGCUCCAGGACGAUGGCUGGUCGACUCAUUUCCCAUAUUGCAGUAUCUCCCGGAGUGGUUCCCGGGCUGCGGCUUCAAGCGGCAGGCAAGAGAAUGGGGUACGCAGCUGUACACACAAUCCCUGGAGCCCCACAAUUUUGUCAAGCGGGAGUUGGCGGCUGGCAGGGCUGUACCAUCGUUUACGUCCACGCUCCUGCAGCCUCCCGAUGGUCCUCCUGCUGAUCCAGAGAUGGAAGAUAUUAUUCUCUGGACAGCCGGCGCAUUGUAUGCUGCGGGGGCGGAUACCACCGUAGCCGCUACUAAAGCGUUCGUUUUCAUCAUGACAACCCAGCCCGAUAUUCAGCAGCGUGCUCAAGAGGAGAUUGAUACUGUCGUGGGUAAGGAGCGCCUACCUAGCCUGCAAGACCGUGCUUCCCUUCCGUACGUGGAAUGCAUUUUGAAGGAGGUCUUGCGAUGGGCCAGUCCGUCACCUAUGGGUUUGUUUCAUUGCACCGCUACGGACGACUAUUUCCAAGGGUAUUACAUUCCGAAGAAAGCAACCGUUAUCGCCAACAUAUGGGCUAUGUUGCAUGAUGCGGAUGUUUACCCUGAGCCCAUGAGAUUUAUUCCUGAACGAUUUCUACCCGACAGCGGCGUCCCCAUCCAACCCGACCCUUCUGAAAUAGCUUUUGGUUUUGGGCGGAGAGUCUGCCCGGGUCAACACAUAGCUGAAGCGUCUGUCUUCAUACAGAUAGCGACGGCGCUCGCCACCUUAGAGUUCCGGAAGGCGGUAGACGAGACUGGUGUUGUCCAGGAACCUGAAGUGGCAUUCACGACCGCUAUAACAAGUCAUAUCAAGCCUUUCAAGUGCAAUAUCACACCUCGCUCAGAUAGUGCGCGAGUACUACUUGAGCAUGCUCUCGACACUGGUGUAUAACCGGGUUGUACCAUUCUCUGUACCCCGUAAAUUCUUCCUCCCUUUGUUGUUUCCUUUCGUGACUUGAGAUAUGCAUUCGUUCAUUAUGCAACUCA